GAUAUUCUUAGAGCCAACAUGGCGGACCGAGAGCUACGGUUUCCUGAUUGUUAUUGCUUGUGAAGGAAGUAUGCCAUGAAGCCCUUUAACGAAAGAAAUGCGCCCUCAUUGGUUUCCACGGUGUUUACGGAGCGAGAGCCAAUCAUAUGUGCCCGCUGAUCCAGGUGAUAUCCCUCCUACCAGUAUCUCCGGAGUAGGUUUAUUUUGGUUUACCCCCCGCUCCAGUGCCGCCGCCAUUAGAGCCAGUCACAUCGGCAACAGAAAUGGGAAUUCCGGUGUUUAAAACCCUCUAAAACCCGCUUUGAUCCGAAGAUCGCGGUGGUGCUUGGGGUUUCAGAGGAAGGGGGAGAAAUAACAUGGGAGUUCGGCCGCAGAAUCGCUCUGCUGUUGCGGUAGAUUUUCGGUGCUGAGCUGGAUUUGGACCCGGAUCGGAUUGGGUUUCGGUAGGACAGACGUUCGGUUUGCAGAAGGGCGAACUCGGGAACGGUAGUGUUUGCAAACUGAAGUGUGGAGGGCAAAGACAGUGCAGAUACAAACCGGAGCACUUUUAUGGUGUUGUUGUAGUUCGGGUAAAAUCGACACCUUGGUGUGGAAUUCCGAAGCGAGCCGAGAGUGUUUACAGUGUAUCAGCGCAGAGUUUGUGCUGGAUACAUUUGAACUUUCUACACUGUAGCGGCGGAAAUGCUUCUACACAUUCCAUUUCCAGCGCCCGUUAUAGAAAAACUCCCUCCCCUCACCGUUAAAGCCAGGUUUCCAGUCGUGUAAGAAGAGGAGAAACUGGAGGUGCUGUGAGCGUGAGCGAGUGAAAGUAGGUGAAGAACGGAGGACCGGCGGGAGGGAGGGGGGGCCAUCAGCUGCGGUGACCGGCGUGAGCGAGGAUGACAGAUUUUGGCUUGAAGUGGAGCUGCGAGUACUGCACCUACGAAAACUGGCCGUCCGCCAUCAAAUGCACCAUGUGUCGGGCCCAAAGGCACAACGCGCCCAUCAUCACCGAGGAACCCUUCAAGAGCAGCUCCAGCCUGGACCCGCAACUGUGCACCACCCAGCUCAUCUGCCCUGACUCUAGCGCCAGGCCUCGGGUCCGGCUCGCCGAUGAGUUGCCAGAGACCAGCAGCAAAUGGUCCUGUCACAUGUGCACCUAUCUGAACUGGCCCCGCGCAAUCCGCUGCACGCAGUGCCUCAGUCAGAGGCAGCAGGGCUCCCAACACGGCCCGCUCAGUCCGUCUGAAGCCCCACAGACAUCGGACUCAGGGUCCAGACCAUCCCCGGUCACCUCGGACCCAUGCGAGGAGUAUAACGACCGGAAUCGGCUCAACAUGCACGCGCAGCGAUGGCCGUGCUCGGCUUGCACCUAUGAGAACUGGCCAAAGAGUUUGAGGUGUGUGGUUUGCGACCACCCUAAACCCAGCAGUUCGCCCGAGGCGCCUCAGCAGGAUUCGGAGGCAGAGAGUGCCAUGUCCCUGUCGAUAGUGAACGAGCAGGAAUGGGAUAACCUAAGAACAGAGGGGGGAGGGGGGGUGAGCAGGGGCAGGCAGAGGAAACUCUCUCCACCUACAUGUAAAGGACAGGCGGAGGUGAAGAUCGAGCUGGCGUCGGGAGCGGUGGGCAGCGAUAACGAGCAGGAGGCGGACUUUAAAAAACUCAAACAGAUCCGGAACAGGAUGCGGAGAAGCGCCUGGCUCUUCCUGAACGCCUGCGCUGGUGUUGUGGAGGGGGAUCUGGCCGCUGUGGAGGCGUACAAGUCAUCCGGUGGUGAUAUCGCACGUCAGCUGACCGCAGACGAGGUGCGAAUUCUCAACCGUCCAUCCGCGUUUGACGCUGGUUUUACUUUGGUGCAUCUGGCCAUCCGCUUCCAAAGACAGGACAUGCUCGCGGUGCUGCUCACGGAGGUGUCUCAGCAGACGGCGAAGUGUAUACCGGCUCUGGUGUGUCCUGAGUUAACAGAACAGAUCCGCAGAGAGGUGGCAGCAGCACUUCACAGGCGUAAAGGAGAGUUUCCCUGUUACUUCUUCACUGACCUCGUCACCUUCACAUUACCAGCAGAUAUUGAAGACCUUCCCCCAAAUGUUCAAGAAAAACUGUUCGAUGAGGUCCUGGAUCGAGAUGUACAAAAAGAGCUGGAAGAGGAGUCUCCCAUCAUUAACUGGUCUCUGGAGCUGGGCACGCGUCUGGACAGCCGGCUGUAUGCUCUGUGGAACCGAACCGCUGGAGAUUGCCUACUGGAUUCAGUGUUACAAGCCACGUGGGGAAUUUACGACAAAGACUCUGUCCUGAGAAAAAGCCUCAACGACAGCUUACACGACUGCUCUCACUGGUUCUACACUCGCUGGAAAGAGUGGGAGUCCUGGUAUUCCCAGAGCUUUGGUUUGCAUUUCUCUCUGCGGGAGGAGCAGUGGCAGGAGGACUGGGCGUUUAUAUUGUCAUUAGCUAGUCAGCCGGGUGCGAGUUUAGAGCAGACACACGUGUUUGUCUUGGCACACAUCCUUCGGAGGCCUAUCAUAGUGUACGGUGUGAAAUAUUACAAGAGCUUCAGAGGAGAGACGCUGGGAUAUACACGCUUUCAGGGUGUAUACCUGCCUCUAUUAUGGGAGCAGAGUUUCUGCUGGAAGAGCCCUAUCGCCCUGGGUUACACGCGUGGACACUUUUCCGCCUUGGUUGCCAUGGAGAACGAUGGCUACGAUAAUCGAGGCGCGGGCGCCAACUUGAACACAGACGAUGAUGUCACUGUCACUUUCCUGCCGCUGGUUGACAGCGAACGAAAGCUGUUGCAUAUUCACUUUCUGUCAGCACAAGAGAUGGGGACGGAGGAGCAGCAGGAGCGGAUGCUGAGGCAGUGGAUGGACUGCUGUGUUACGGAGGGCGGGGUUUUGGUGGCCAUGCAGAAGAGCUCCAGGAGGCGGAACCACCCACUUGUCACUCAGAUGGUGGAGACGUGGCUGGACGGUUACCGGCAGCUUGCUGCUUGUCCAACUCUGUCUGACGGAGAGGAGGAAGAGGAGGACGAAGAUGAGUGAAGAACAGUCGGCGUCACUUGACACUACAACACGACCCUCUUGCGUUCCCCAACAUACGGAAACACACAAACACACACCUCUAACCCCGACCGAACGACAAACCCAAGCUUUCCUUUUUGGUUUUUGUCCCUAAUACGACAAAUAAUUUGGGUUUGUUGCAAAAUAAAGGAAUGCAAUCAUGAUUGUAUUUGUCUUUACAGAGUAUGUUCUUUGCUUUCGUUUGUGUUUUGGUUUUAAUUUGCUGGUGCAAUGCUUGUAGUGAUUUAAGAAAAAGAGGAGGAAGGAACAGGAAAGAAAAAGAGAUUUAAAUAGGUAAAAUGCAGCAAUUUAAGCACCCUUUUUAAAAUGUCUGACGCAGAUGUCUAUUUCUAUUUGUGUAGCGUGACUCUAGACUAAGAUUACUAAAACAUAAUUCACUACACGUUUGAAAAUGAGCAUUAUCUAUGAAUCACACGUAUGACUGUCACAAUUGUUUGUUUUUUUAAAUAAAGCUGUCGUUUCUCACCUGAUUGUUACGAGGAGAACGCAAGUGGAUAUUUUAACUCGAUUUCUAACAGAUUUUCUGUAUUUAUCUGAAUAAUAGUGUGUGAGCCAUAGAAAUGAAUGCUUUUCCACUCACAUUGUUGUCUCUCGUCGUCCCAUCUUUGAACUGCACUACAAACGUGAACGCUGCAAAGAAAAAGAGGCAUGUGUCAGUUUACUGUGUCCGUUGGAUGCCGUUUUUGAAAGGGAACAUUAUUUCAGCUCUUCUUUCAAUGUGGUCCCUUCACUCUUUCAGUUGUGUAUUUGUGUGUGUCUGUUGUUUUUUGUGAAAUGUCUGGCCACAGAUUUUUCAGUGCACAUUUUUCCACUCAGUUUCCAAACCUUGAUGAAAAAGACUUGAUGUAGACCAAAGUGAACAUUACGAGAGAUCUGUGGAGUGUUUUUGCAGUGCUAAUAUAAACCCCCCCCCCACCCCCAUUCCCAUCUCAUCACCUCCUGUGAUUUUUAUGUCUGGUCCUUCUCACAUCUCACAUCCUCAUGUUUUAUUUUCUAUUUUAAAUUAUGUGAUAGUUCUGCUACACUAUGGUAUAUUUGAUAUAUAAGGUGGAGACCAAACUUGGUGAUAUUGAAGACCUAAGUGUUUUGAAUGUCCAACUAUGAAACUAUUAUAAAACUUCGAAACAAAA